AUGAUUACACAGUACUCCUUUCCUAAUGUUCAGGAACUUAAAAAAGCAGGGAUAGAGUUCAAGCCAAGUGAUUCUUUAACAACUAUAUCUUUCCGUUCUUCAUUCUUUACCACAGCUCAACUUAAGCUUCCCAGAUUGGUUGUAGACAAUUUGACGGUGAAAAUGUUGUUCAACUUGGCCGCCUAUGAGAUGUGCUUGUCCGAAUUUCAUCCAAAUCAAAAACCAUGGUUUAUGUCUUACAUAAACUUGCUAGAUUUGCUUGUUGACGAUGAACAUGACGUCAAGGACUUAAAAGCAGCGGACAUUCUUCCGAAAUUGCACAUUAGCGAUGCUGAAGUCGCUAAUUUGAUCAACGGCAUGGGCUCUGAAUUUUUACCGCCAGACAAAGACACUUAUGCACAUGUCAAGAAAAAAAUAGAAAAGCAUUGCAGGAGUAGGAGCCGAAGAAGGUGUGCGCUCUGGAUUGCUCAGGUCUACAAUACUCAUUUUAGAAGCCCAUGGACUAUUCUGGCUCUGUUUGCUGCUAUGGUGGUCCUUGCAUUAACAUUUGUUCAAACUUGGUAUUCAGUCAAUCCAAAAAAUUGA